AAGACAAUGGAUCCUUCUUGGCACCUUUUCUUGUUUCUGGUACUGUUAGUCAAGACUAGCCUGGUGUCCUCUUCAUGUGUCUCUGGAUGUUCUUGUACUAAUGACACAUUUGGAAGGAGUUUGCUUUGCAUGUCCUCAUCCCUUAGAAGAAUACCAGAUAACAUUCCUAAAGACAUCCGCAAAGUGAGAAUAGAAAAGUGUCAUCUGACCGAACUGUCUCGAGGAUUACUUGGUGGCAUCACAUGUCUGGAAUAUCUAUGGCUUAACUUUAACAAUAUCACUCUUAUGCACCUGAAAAGUCUAGAAGAUUUAAAGGAUCUAAAAGAGCUUAGGCUGCAAGGAAACAAGCUGCGGUCAGUUCCGUGGACGGCCUUUCAAGAUACACCCGUAUUGAAAAUCUUAGAUUUAAAACAUAACAGACUAGAUGUCCUUCCGGAGCAAUCGUUAAAGUUUUUAGGCAACUUGACCUACUUAGAUUUAUCCUUCAAUCAGCUUACCAUUAUCUCUAAAGACGUGUUUUCUAAUUGGCCUCUUUACCAAACAGAACAUAGAUCAGAAGGAAGAGUGGAAACAUAUUCCAAUGCAGUUGUUGCUCUACAUGAGAAUCCUUGGAUGUGUGACUGUCGACUCAGAGGUUUUGUCCAUUUUGUAAAAUCAGUCAGCCCCCCAAUUAUACUUAUGAAUUCCUACCUAAUAUGUGUCAGCCCAGAUUCAAUAGAAGGGAGAUUCUUUCAUGAAGUAGAGCUAAAUAGCUGUAUGAAGCCAAUUACCUCAACGACAGUAUCCAAUUUUACUGUACAGGUGGGUCUGAAUGCUACACUCAUGUGUCUGGUUAAAUCAGCUCCCACUCCUUCAAUCUUGUGGACCCACGGACUAAAGGCCAGCAAAGUAUUUAAUGUAUCCACCACUUACAUCAACGAAGAGACCAUUAAAUCAGAACUCAUACUCCCAGUUGUGCACACAUCAGAUGCAGGAAUAUACAACUGUAUAGCUACAAACUUUUUGGGUAACUCUUCUACAACAAUAUUUCUAAGUGUUUUGUCUCCCAAAGUAGCAGAUACUUCUGCAUUCAUGUCCUACUCUCCUUCUACGUCUUCCUCAGAAGAAAAUGUUUUCAUAGAUGUGAGGAUUUCCAAACAGACAGUUUAUGGAAUUGCUUUGGAAUGGUUUGCAGUAACAGAGAACCCAGCAGAAACAUGGUAUACCAUCUAUUUUGGCCUUUACGGAAACAAGGAGAAAGAUGUAAUUAAUAUUGGUCCUGGUAUCUACACCUACUCUAUCAAUGAUUUGUUGCCAACAACAAAAUAUGAAGUGUGUCUCACCCUGAAAAGUCAGCCUCCCAGGAAGGGCCAGUGCAUUGUGUUCAUGACCGGAAGUGACGUCAGCGAAUUGGAACAAAGAGAGAAACUCAUACAUAUUAUUGUAAUUGUGUGUGCAAUGGUCCUUGCCGUACCUGCUGGCAUGUAUGCAUGUACCACUGAAACAAGACUUAAUUGCUUGGAGAAGUGUGUUGGACUUUGCCGACAAAAACGUAAAGUCCAAAAAAACCUGAAAAAGGAUAAUAAUAAAGAGAGCACGUUUGACAGUUUGCAAGCUAGUAGUGAGGAAGGCUUGUGUCAUCGAGAAGGCAAUGAGGAGAAUCGUAGAAGGAGAUGUUCAGAAGAUAAACCCAACAAGUCCAAACCAGAAAACAAAAAUCCAGCAGAACUUUAUUAACUUUGUAAUAACUGUGUAUGGUCCAAAACUGAUGUCAAAAUAAUAAUGCAUCAAUCUUUGAAAAAUGUACCUAUUUGAACAAGCGAUGACGUUUUCACUUGUACAGGUGCUCUUUAAUUGCAUAACAUUAUUGAUAAAGGAGAUAACGAGGUAGAAUAGUGCAUGGGUAAUGCACUAUUAAAACUUUACUGCAGACUGUAACUUUUUAAACAUAUCAUGCAAUUUCAUGUCUACUUUUUGUAUGUUAUUUGUAUAUAUUUUUAUUAUUAAAAAAAUAUAUAUUGUCCUUAUUUUGUUUUACAGAGUUUGCGUUCCUGAAU